CAACCAGAAUCUCUCAUCAAUCUCACUUCAACUGUGAACUUCGAGUCUUCGACAUUUCAACGGUGAACUUUGAAUCUUCGACAUUUCAACGGUGAACUAUUACUGUUUGAGAGCCAUGCCUUCCACAUUGAGAACAAGCUCAGCAAGUACUGCUGAGCGUCCGUCUUCCAGUAGAAAUCUGGUCUCUAAGACAGUAGAUCACAGCUAUAGCAAGCUGGACAACAGAUCAGGUGGAAACCAGAAGGCCACCAAGAGAAAGUCUGAUGAGAGCCAUGAAAGAGCCAUCAAGACUAGCAGGACAAGUCAAUGUCCCUCCGAGGGCUUCAGACCGUCAUUCAGCAGAGGAACCUUUUACUCCGCUGAGGAUGCUGGGACAUCGACACCCCCCUGCGCCAGCAUUAGCUCCAAAUCUGAGGAGAAGAAGGACAGGAAGAGGAGGUUCGAGGACACAGAAGCAUACGGGAAGAGGAAAAGAACGUUCCUGAGUCCCAGUGAGGGCACCAGCUACCAGGCCACCACUGAGGCCAUCCCUAAGACCAUCCCUGAGACCACCACUGAGGCCACCACUGAGGCCACCACUGAGGCCAUCCCUGAGACCUCUUUCAGUUGCGACAGCAUCAGCACCGACUCUGAGGAGAAGAAGGACAGGAAGAGGAAGUCUGCGGACACAGGCAAAUACGGGAAGAGGAGAAGAACGUUCCUGAGUCCCAGUGAGGGCUGCAGCUACCAGGCCACCACUGAGACCAUCCCUGAGGCCAUCCCUGAGGCCAUCCCUGAGGCCAUCCCUGAGGCCAUCCCUGAGAUCAUCCUUGAGAUCAUCCCUGAGGCCAUCCCUGAGGUCAUCACUGAGGCCACCCCUGAGACCUCCUUCAGUUGCGUCAGCAUCAGCACCGACUCAGAGGAGAAGAAGAGCAGGAAGAGGAAGUCUGACGACACAGGAGACUAUGGGAAGAGGAGAAGAACGCCCCUCAGUUCCGGUGCGGGCACCAGCUACCAGUCCACCACUGAGACCACCACUGAGGCCACCGGUGAGACCUCCUUCAGUUACCGAUCUGACACCUUCUUCUCAGAAAACAGCAGAGAAAUGAUUUACUCCACUGGAGAUGCUGGGAAAUCGACAACCGCAAGCACCAAAUCUGAGGAGAAGAAGGGCAGGAAGAGGAAGUCUGAGGAAACAGAAGCAUCCGGGGAGAGGACAAGAACGUUCCUACGUCCCGUUGAGGGCACCAGCUACCAGGCCACCACUGAGACCACCCCUGAAGCCAUCUCUGAGGCCAUCCCUGAGGCCAUCCCUGAAGCUACCACUGAGACCUCCUUCAGUUACGGAUCUGACACCUUCUUCUCAGAAGACAGCGGAGAAACCUUUUGCUCCGUUGAGGAUGCUGUGUCACGGAUACUCGCCAGCGGCAUCCUCAGCACCGACUCUGAGGAGAAGAAAAGCAGGAAGAGGAUGUCUGAGGACACAGGAGACUACGGGAAGAGGAGAAGAACGUCACUCAGUCCCGGUGAGGGCUGCAGCUACCAGGUCACUACUGAGGCCAUCCCUAAGACCAUCCCUGAGCAUUCCCCUUGGGCCUCCUUCAGUAGCGAAUCUGACACCAGCUUCCCAGAAGCCACUCUGUUUCACAACAGAGCUGACUUUGAGGCCAAAUACAGGAAAGAGAGAAUGCUGGGUGAAGGAGGCUACGGAGCAGUCUUUGCUGGCCACCGCAAAGACGACCAUCUGCCUGUGGCCAUAAAGCAUAUCCGCCGGUUUCAUUGCACAACAGUGGAUCUGGACGGGGUAAUUACAGCGAUCCCUACAGAGGUGGCGCUGCUGCUGCACCUCAAACCAGCAGCAGCAGGAACCAGUGCCGUGGUGAGCCUGCUGGACUGGUACAAUCUGGGCAAUGAGCUGAUUCUCGUCCUAGAGAGACCCGUCCCCUGCAUGGAUCUCUAUGACUAUUUGGAGUCCAUACAGUUACCAAUAGAGGAGAAGAUAGCCCGGAUCAUAACAAAACAACUGGUGGAAGGUCUCCAAGAGGUCCAAUCCAGAGGUGUUUUCCACAGGGACAUCAAGACGGAAAACAUCCUCAUCGAAACCGGCUCUGAUGUCCCACGUGUCAGGAUCAUUGACUUUGGCUGCGGCGCAUUUCUGACAGAGGAGAGGUACACUAAAAAUAAAGGUACCCCUAUAUACACCACUCCUGAGUAUAUCAGGCGUGGGUGGUCCACGCCUGAAGCUACCACUGUGUGGCAGCUCGGUGUGGUGCUGUUUGAGAUACUGCAUGAUGGGGCGCCCCCCUUCCGUACCCCCCGUGACAUCAGCCAUUCAGCCCCUGACAUCCGUGACGAGCUUUCCUACAAUUGCCAAGAUUUUCUAGCGCGCUGUCUGGACAAGAGCCCAGAGGCCCGACCCACCCUGGAGACUCUUAAGCACCACCCCUGGCUCGUGAUCCGUGGUAUGAGGGUUCCAGUCUGAUGUGAUACAGACUGGACCUCUCAGGACCACGGAUGGAUCCCUGAAGACCACAGAAGGACCUCGUCCAGGGUUAACGCUGCUGUAGUCCCCAUAUGUGGCUCCCAUUGCACUCUCUCUUGAAGCAGUAGAAAUCAGACCGAGAGGACGGUGGCGUCAAUCUCUAGUAGGGAUGUGACGGAGAGGAAAAUUUCUUGUGACAACAUGGGUGUUACCGAUUUUACAGGAAAAGGUGACGGUCAUUAUGUGUAGCGCUUACCUUGAUCUUUACCUUCAGGUGGCUGAGUGACUAGCCUCUCCGGUAGAACUGUUGCUGCGGAGCCGCUGGGGUGUACCCGGUGCCGCUCCGCCGUGCACACCGGCUGUGACUGCUUCAUCCUCCUCCUAGCAUUGGGUUUAAAUCUGAAAUUUAAACCGCGUUUGCUUUCCUCCGCCAUCUCUCGGUCUGUCAACUCUCUCCCGUCCCGUGUGUCUGAAAUCUGACUCCUGCUAAUCUGUGCUGAGAAUCUGUAUGGAGCAGAUGCAUCGGUCGUCUGACUAUCUAUUGACAACCUGCCACUGCAGGUGUGGGUGGCGGGUAUGUAAUGUAAUGUGCCCGACCACUGUGUAACACUGGUAACACGGACUACCGAGACAAGCCAUAGUGAUUAUAGGCCUACGUUCAUGCUUCAAACACCCAGCUGUCCGUGGAGAGGGGAUCUCUCUUCGAAUUGCCUUUUCCGAGGUUUCUUACCGAGUUUUUCCUCGUUUUCUUAGAGAGCUGGAGCUGGGUUGAGAGUGCACGGGAUAAUGUACAGCGAGCCGGUCAUUGUUGUCCCGCUAACUGUACAUUAUCCCGGUUAUUUUAUACAGGGGGCCACAAAUAAAAAUGACUUGAAGUGAAUUCAAAAUGUCUACAGCAUGGAGGUGCAGUGGUGAUCACUGUCACCUCACAGAAAGAAGGCUUGAUAAAUAAAUAAUGCCUCAUAACAA